AUGUUUAAGGAGAGCAAUCAUACUGAAUAUACUAAUGAAAUUGAAAAUACUAGUCUAUUAACUUCUUUUGAGAAGGGUAUAAGCUCUGAUUUGUUCAGUACCAAGCUGACUACUAAAACAUUAGAAAAUGAUACAACAUCGAUGUCCAAUUGGCUAGAUAGCCAAAAAGAACAUGACUCUCAGUGGAUUGUUGUUAGGAGUUGGGACAAGGAUGAUACACUCACAAACAUAGUGUUAUCAAUGUUUGUAGGAUUUAAUCAUAAUCGUCACAAUAUACUUCUUGUGCAAGCUUUAUUACCAAACAAAAGCAUGGAAUUUCACGUUUGGAUGUUUAAAGAGAUAUUAAAAGCAACUGAUAAGCAGCCAGCUGUUAUAAUAACUGAUGCAGAUUUCACAGUAGAUUCUGCAGUUUGCCAA